GCGAGGAGUAGGUCACCUAGUCCCGCGUACAUGUACACCCUCUAACCCCUCCUUGCUUUAUCUUAUCGAGUUUGGCUACAGCAUUGGCAUGGCGCCUGUUCACCACUGUUACCAGCUUUUACCCUGACGCCCCUGUUUGGUUGGUUGAGUGUGUUACAAUCUGUACAAUUGCGGCACCGAGGCAGGUCCGACAGGAAGAAGGGCUUGCUCAUUUCACCUACAGUUAGAAAUGGCGUCGCCCAUGAGCUUUAAUCAGGAUGAGGCGGCGCAUUUCGUGAAGAAUAUCCUGCGGGUUGACGACACCGGUAACGGAAACAAGCUCGCUUUGCUGAACAAAAUCAUCUACAGCUUCAAAUCGAAUGUUGCUUGUCACAAUAUUGGCCUGCUCUCGUCCAAGGCCCGACAGCUCCCCGAUUGGACCCGCGUCAAAACUGACAUCCUGAACGGCAAAGGCGAACUAGGCUGUGCCCUUAAUGUCUUCAUGGCGGGGUUACUUAAAGCUCUAGGUUUCGACGCCAGUCUGAGUACGGCGGUCAUGUACGCUCUUGACGCUUUCCACAGCUCUCACCUUAUCGUCUUGGUAGGUGGUCUAGGCAAGCCCGGGGAACAUUUCCUAGUUGACGUGGGUAACGAGCACCCGACCCUGGAGGCUGUGCCCUUGGGGUUCGGAGAAGAAUCUCCAGAGUACCAUCACUCUUACUUGGAGUACAAAUUCAUGUGCCGAGACGGCCGGAUUUUAAGACUGCACAAUCGGGGUCAGCACGAUUCCAAGGCCCAGAUAGAUGCCUCUCUGGACGGUUUUUACAUUUUUUACGAUUUCGACUUGUCGUCUAAGACACAAGAGGAUUUAGAUAACUGUCUAAGUCUUAUUUACACGAACCCCCGGGCCUCGCCAUUUCAUAGGAGCCUCCGUGCCAGUAUUUUUCGAAACGGUAUGUGCAUUCUACUGAAGGACAACGAGCUGUACGUCGAAAGCGACGAACACAAGAUGGUCUCACGACCUCUGAACUCAAAUGAAGAGCUCAUGAAGGCUUUCACGGAUUACUUUCCCAUGAUAGAUGUGGAAUUAAUUUUAAAAGCGCGAGAGACUUUGAAAAUGGCUUAAGCAACUCCUUUGCGUAGUUUGCUGCCUUGUGGCCAUGUGGCCGGCGCUAAAUAUACAUUUAGAGUGUUAGCGAUGAUGUUCAAAAAGGCUGGUAACGCCAAGUUUUCCAGUUAUUUAUAAGGAUUUAUUAGUGAACUUUCAUCGUUGCCAUGUGGCUUUUGUGACACGUUGAUUAACUUACCAGCAUUUAGUGUUAACCUAAUCGGGGAAUCCAAUCUAGUAUUCACACGUCCAACGGCAGCGGAAAUGAAUACGUUUUUCCUGCCAUUGCCAGAACCAAAAAGAUUUGCUGGUAUUAUUUUCGCAAACGGGACUCUCACAGAGGGACAUACCUACGUGUUGUGUGCGCAGGCGCAUCUGUUACGUAUAUAUGUCAAAAUAUUGCACAUCAGGGGCCCACAACUAUGCUGCUUGCACUUUAAUACAAAAGCCUUUAUCACGGAUUUUUAACAUGCACUGGCUAACUCGUAGGGGAACUGUCCUGUUUACGUCCAGCUCAUACCCUUUAGUUUUUCCUUUAAAUGUUUCUUGUCAAAAAAUGUCCUACAGACGCCAUUGGUGAAAAAAUAAAUCUACUUCAACACCAUGA